AUGAUUCAUGCACUCGCAGGUGGAUUUGUAGGAAUAAAUAUUGGCACUGAUGUUUCAAACCUACCAUCACCAUCAGAUGUGGUUGCUAUCCUCAAAGCCAAUCAUAUAACUUAUGUGCGCCUUUUCGAUGCUGAUGCUCACUUGCUGACCGCGCUUUCAAACACUGGGAUCGAAGUUGUGGUGGGUGUGACUAAUGCGGAAGUGUUGGGGAUUGGAGAAUCUCCAUCAGCAGCAGCAGACUGGAUUAAUGAAAACGUCGCAGCAUACUUGCCAUCAACCAAUAUUACAGCCGUUGCAGUUGGUAGUGAAGUUCUUACGUCAAUCCCAAACGCUGCCCCUGUAUUGGUUCCUGCAAUGAAUAACCUUCAUAAGGCCUUAGUUGCUUCAAAUCUGAAUUAUCAAGUUAAAGUUUCAACCCCGCAAUCAAUGGACAUAAUCCUCGAGCCUUUUCCCCCUUCCACUGCCACCUUCAAUACUACUUGGAACUCUACAAUUUUCCAGAUCCUUCAGUUUUUAAGGAACACAAAUUCCUAUUACAUGCUAAAUGCUUAUCCUUAUUAUGGAUACAUUAAUAGCAAGGGAAUCUUUCCAAUUGAUUAUGCUCUUUUUCAACCUCUCACCUCAGUCAAGCAGAUUGUUGAUCCAAACACACUUUUCCAGUAUGAUAGCAUGUUUGAUGCCAUGGUCGAUGCUACCUAUAACUCUAUAGCAACUCUCAAUUUUUCAGUGAUCCCAAUUGUCGUGACAGAAACUGGUUGGCCAUGGUUUGGUGGUGCCAAUGAAGCUGAUGCCACUGUAGAAAAUGCUGAAACUUUCAAUAAUAACCUGAUUCGGCGUGUUUUGAAUGAUUCAGGUCCUCCUGGUCAGCCUACUAUUCCCAUUAAUACUUAUGUUUAUGAGUUGUUCAAUGAAGACAAGAGGCUGGGACCUGUCUCAGAGAGAAACUGGGGUACCUUUUUUCCCAAUGGGACUGCUGUUUAUCCCCUUAGUUUGAGUACUUCAGACCGUAUCUCUGAGAAUUCUUCAGCAGUGUUCUGUAUUUCGAAACAAGAUGCAGACACCACUAAGCUGCAAAAUGGACUGAAUUGGGCUUGUGGACAAGGUCAGGCUAACUGCAGUGCAAUUCAACCAGGGCAGCCAUGUUAUUUUCCUGAUACUAUACAAAACCAUGCUUCUUAUGCGUACAAUGAUUACUAUCAGAAAAUGCAUAGCAUUGGUGCAACCUGUGACUUCGGUGGUACAGCCUCGACGACUACUGUUGAUCCCAGUAUGUGCCUGUCACUUUUUGUUACAGUCAUUUGUUGCUCUCAGUGUGGUUGA